CAGUUGUCAGGGGCGGACCGUAGCCUCUCUCCCUCUAUCUCUCUCUUACACACUUUUUUUGCCCCCACCCCCCCGCCUCCGCCCCCCUCCCCCCUGCGGGGCACCGAGGACCCAAGGAGUUGUUACGCGUCACAUCAGAACUCCCCUGCACCCCCCCCCAUCCAGGGCAGCCGUCGCGGGAUGAGGAGGGGAGCACACCACGCGCCCCUGUGGUUGGGGGUGGUGGGGCUGCUUAUGGUGGGGGCGGCGACCCUGCCCCCCCCUGCCGCGGCCCAGCUGGAACCCCAUGACUCUCGGGCACUCAGUCAGUUGAACAAGGUCCUUCAGCAAUACGAGAUGGCGGCAAAGGCAUCAGCGGCAGCGGCGGAGGAGAUGCUGGAGACGAUUUUGGCCGAGCAAGAGGAAGCCCAAGAGGAAGAGGAACUGGGCUUCGGGAAACGCCGCACGUCGCCCCUCGCCAACUCCUACUCCUUCGGGCUGGGCAAGAGGAGUGGGCGGUACUACUUCGGGCUUGGGAAGAAGUCUGACCCAUACUCCUUCGGCCUUGGCAAGAAAUCCGGUAACUACAAUUUCGGGCUUGGCAAGAGGAGUGUGAGGGACGUGACGCACCAAGAGGAAGAGGAGGAGGAAGAGGAAGAGACCGAGGCUGGGAAGAGAUCCAAGAGGGAGGUUAGUGAGGACGGAAACACGGAAGAGGACAAGAGGACAGGUGUGAGGGGUUACUCCUUCGGGCUUGGCAAGAGGAAGCAAGAUGACCUGGAUGUGGGCUUUUCCAAGAGGCCGCGGGACUACGCCUUUGGACUUGGGAAGAGAGAAGAUGACGAGGACCUGGAGUUGGAAAAGAGACCUCGUAGCUACUCCUUCGGCCUCGGGAAAAGAGAAGACGGUAUUGACUUCGAAAAACGACCUCGUAGCUACUCCUUCGGCCUUGGGAAAAGAGAAGACGACAUUGACUUCGAAAAACGACCUCGGGCUUACUCCUUCGGCCUCGGGAAGAGAGAGGACGAUGACGAGGACGAUCUCUACUUCGACAAGCGGCCUCGUACUUACUCCUUCGGCCUCGGGAAGCGGAUUUCUGAGGACGAGGACGAAAAACCCUUCUUCGCAUUCGCCCCUGGGAAGCGACCACGAACCUACAGCUUUGGUCUUGGGAAACGGAGCGACGCCGACGACUUGGACAACGAAGACGAUGAAGACGAAGAGGCUGAAGAUGGAGUGAUUCUGGACCUCAACGCCCUGGAGGAGAUGUCAAAAAGGGCGUCGGGAGAUCACGGAGACGGGCAGAGAACUUACGAUUUUGGUCUUGGGAAGAGAUCCGGCCCCUAUGCCUUUGGACUUGGGAAAAGGGAACCAUACGCCUUUGGACUUGGGAAACGGGCUGGACCAUACGCGUUCGGGCUUGGGAAGAGGGAAGCCUAUGCGUUUGGGCUUGGCAAGAGACCAUCGGCUGAUCUAUAUGAGUUCGGGCUUGGGAAAAGAGAUCCCUAUGCUUUCGGACUUGGAAAGCGCGGAGGCGAACCUUACGCCUUUGGGCUUGGGAAACGGCCAGCUAACGACCUUUAUUCAUACGGGCUUGGCAAAAAGGCAGCUGAUCUCUACUCCUUUGGGCUUGGGAAGAGGGAACCAUAUGCAUUCGGGUUGGGGAAGAGACCAGUUGCAGACCUUUAUGAAUUCGGGCUCGGGAAGCGUGGGGGCGAGCCUUACGCUUUCGGGCUUGGCAAGAGACCCGAUAUGUACGCCUUUGGGCUUGGGAAGAGAGGAGGAGACCCAUAUUCCUUCGGGCUCGGCAAAAGACCGGAUCCUUACGCCUUUGGACUUGGGAAACGCGACCCCUAUGCGUUCGGGCUAGGAAAAAGGGCUGGGCCAUACGCCUUUGGGCUUGGGAAGAGACCCGCAGCUGACCUCUACGAAUUCGGUCUUGGGAAAAAGGCUGACCCAUAUGCAUUCGGGCUGGGAAAGAAGGCUGACCCAUAUGCAUUCGGGCUGGGGAAGAGACCAGACAUGUACUCUUUCGGCCUCGGGAAACGGGCUGAGCCAUACGCAUUCGGGCUUGGCAAGAGAGCCGGACCCAACCGUUACGAAUUUGGACUUGGGAAACGAGGGAACGGACAGUACGCGUUCGGGCUUGGCAAGAAGGCUGGACAGUAUUCAUUCGGGCUUGGAAAGAGAGCCGGGCCUUACUCCUUCGGGCUUGGCAAGAGAGAGGUAAUGGAGGAAGAGGAAGAGGAGGUCAAGAGGAAGAUGGAAGAGGAUAACAAUAAAUCUUCAAUGGCUGGUUCCUCUGACGCCUCCUCCUCUUCUUCCUCUUCCUCCUCUUCCCCUUCCUCCUCCUCCUCCUCUUAGGUUCGUGUGUAAAGUGUUUUAAAUCCAUUGAUAAUAUAUAUAUAAAUAAAUAAAUUAAAUACAAAGAUACACGUGACACUAACCUCCACAAUAAGACUGACCCCAAAAAACAAGAGAAAAAAUCUACAAAGGUUCCACAAAAAGUAUAGACGAGUGAAUCCUCUCAAUGUAAACACGAGGGCUAUAGACGAUUGUAUGGACGUCCGGAAACAAAAGACAAUCUGGUGCUUGAGGAAAACAGAUACGAGAGAAUAAUCGUAAUAAAAAUACACAAAAAACACGUCUUUCUAGCACACAUAGAGAAGAUAAUGAUGAUAAAAACGAUGAUAUAAUGUACUCAUGCAAAAAAACGAAGUAAAAUGCAGGAAGAAAUAGAUUAAUAACAAUGAUAAUAAUAACAAUAAUAAAGGUAUAAUACUA